CCAGUACCGGUACCAAGAGGGGCGGGCGAAGAAGAAGAGGAGGACGCGGAGCAGCUGAACGGAGGCUCGGCGAGGAUAAGAAAUUGUCACGAGAAUGUUGUGAGGAUAGGAUGCCGUGAGGACGAGGAUGCACCUGUCUGCCAUGGAGAGCCCCAUCGAGAACUGCCAGGAAAUAGAUGCUGAUGAAGUUCACCUGCUGGAGAGCAUCGGUAAGGGCUCAUUUGGGGUGGUGUACAAGGCGCUAUGGCGGGGGUUGAUGGUGGCAGUGAAGAAAGUGGAAACAGAGUCAGAGGUUAAUGAGUUUUACAAUGAGGUGCAGCAGCUGGCACGUGUACAGCAUGAGAACAUUAUCCACCUGUACGGGGCCUGCACAUCCGGUAUCUGCAAGUGCCUGGUUAUUGAGUAUGCCGAUGGAGGCUCCCUGUACCACCUGCUUCACAACUCCCCAAACACCAAGUACAACCUGGCGCACGGUAUUUCCUGGCUGUUCCAGUGUGCCAAGGCUGUCGCUUACCUACACUCCAUACAGCCCCGGCCCCUCUUACACAGGGACCUCAAGCCACCCAACCUUCUGCUAACCAAGGGCGCCAAGGUGCUGAAGGUCUGUGACUUCGGUACAGCCUGUGAGCUCAGCACCUUCAUGUCUGACAACAGGGGUUCGGCCGCCUGGAUGGCCCCGGAGGUGUUUGAGGGGAAGAUUUACACUGAGAAGUGUGAUGUGUACAGCUGGGGCAUCAUCCUGUGGGAGGUGGUGACACGACGCGUCCCGUUUGAGGACCUGGGGCUGGCGGUGCGCAUCAUGUGGGCCGUCCAUCAGAGGGUGCGUCCGCCACUCAUCACGGGCUGCCCCAAGCUGCUGGAGAACCUCAUGAAGCGGUGCUGGGACCACAACCAAGACAGGCGACCACGCAUGGAGGAGGUGGUGGAGAAGAUGUGUCUGGUGUCACGCUUCCUCAAAGGGGCAGAUGAACCCAUUUCCAACCCUCCCUCAGAUGACUCCAUCACUGGUGGUGUAGCAGGCCACCACCGACCUUUCAAAAAAGACUCAUAUCGGUCAGCGUGUGUUGGCGGGUCCAGUGCAGGCCACACCAGCCGUGAUGUGAGUGAGCUGUCCUGCAGCACCGGCGACCUGCCCCACCCCCCACAGCCCUCCUCUGGCUCCUCCUCCACCACCAGCACCCACAACCACCUCAGCCCCCACCCUUACCCCAGCCCCCACCCACACACCCACCCUAACCCAAACCCUCACCCCCAUGGGAACCUCUACCUCCCCCACCCCCACCACCUCUCACACCACCCACUGCCCCUCCACCACCACCCGCUCCACUACCAACAACACCACCUCCACCAACACCACCACCACAACAAUAAUGCUGGUUUCCAUCCACCACAUGAUGAGGACUCCCUGUGGCUAAGCUCUGGCAGCGAGGGCACAUACCCACCAGGGGACCCCAACAGCAGAGGCCCCUCCCCACGCCUGACCCCGGCCAUCAGCCCCAAUGUCUCCAGCACUGUGGUGGUCAGUGGGGGUCCGGAAGGCUCACCAUGGUCCUCAGUGGGCAGCCUUGACCCUGCCGACCCCUGCCUGCAACCCCUGGCCAUCAGCAUCCCUGGCCCUCCCCCCCCUACACGCUCCGACAUAACCCUGGUCUCCCCUUAUCAAUGCCCCCCUGGUCACCCAUCUUCCAAUUCCCUGUGUCCCCACUCCUUGGCCUCAUCCUCAUCCUCCCCAUGCCUUUGUCCACUGACUGUAGCCACUACUCUCUCCCCAGGCCUCCAUACCUCCUUGUCCACUCCUCUCCUCCCCACCAUUGCCUCCCCGUCCUCCCCAAUCUCCCCGCCGUGCCCCCCCACCAUAGCACUCAGCCCCAUCCCUGGCAGCAUAGGGAGUGUGAGUCCCACUGGGGUGCCUCUUCGCCGCCACCUUUCCCCGGGGGACACGAUAGACCGAGGUGCUGCCCAGAUAAGAAGGCGCUCGGCGGAGGUUAGCCCCCAGCCCCAACCCCCCAAAAACAGCCCUGGCCAUACCCCUCUCGGUCACCGGCGUUCCUCCUCUUACGGGAGUGUGGUGGUGAAGGAGGCGGGGGAGGAGGGGCAGGGUGGUGGUGGUGAUGGUGGUGGUGGAGGGCGAGGGGGAAGUGGAAGUAAUAGUGGAAAAGUAGGUGGAGGAGGAGGAGGGAACAGAGGAGGUCAGUCAGCUCCACCAUAUCCUUCUCUUGUUCCUAGUUUCCCCAAAGUCUCCUCCUCCUCCUCCUCCCCCUCCUCCCCAUCUUCCCACUACCCCCACCUCUUUCCCCAUCUCCUCCCCGGGAUUCCUCAGCAGCAGCAACACCACCACCCUGCACACCUCCACCACCACCACAACAAUCCCCAACACCACCACAACCAACACCACUGCUACCAAAUGCCUCUGUAUCAAAUUGACCCGGGCAUUCGGGACCCAGGGGGCAGCUUGGGCAGGGUGGAGGGGGCGUUAAAAUACCCUGAUAUGCCCCCUCUCCUGCCCCCCACGCCGUCCCCCUCCCCCUCGUCCGCCACCACCACUGCCAGCAUCACAACCAGCACCGCCGCCGCCACUACCAGCACCACCUCCAACAACACCACCACCACCACCACCACCACGGCGAUCCCUUCGUGGUUACCAUAUCCUCUCUUCGGGCCGGAGCCAGGUGGCGGUGGAAGCCAUAAUGGAGAAGGAGGUGGCAUAGCAGACUUUGGAGGGGGCGAAGGAGGAGUCCGAGGAGGAGGAGGAGGAGGAAGGAGAGGGGGAGGAAGAGGGCCGGAUGAGGAUGAGCUAGGGGCCUUUUGGGAGUGGCUGGAUGCCGAGGAAAUUAGACCUGUUAAACCACUGCCAUCCUGCCCUGAGUCACAGAAGAUCUUUAAUGAACACAAGGAGAUGGCUCGCAAAUACCUGGUCCUGCAGCAAGAGAUUUUUAACCUGAGACAACGAAAGACGACCCUGGAGGAGAAAUUGUCCCAAGCGGAGAAGCUGGAGCGUAUUGGCAACCAGCGCUACCAAAGCAAGAUACAGGAACUUGAGAGUAAAAGGGAGAGCUUACGACACAACCACAGCAGACUGAGGCAGCAGCUAGAGCAGAUCAGAGCAAGGCAGGAAGAGCAGAGGCAGAGACAGCAGCAGGAGGAGGAGGAGGAUGGGGAUGGGGAGCCCACACUGGACCUCUCCCUCACCCCUCCCUGAUGUUUUCUCACCCCACACCUCUCCCUGAUGCCUCUCCCUUACCCUCUCUAUUGACCUGAGAGGCAUCUGCUUCUGUGCCUUGAGCUGAUGUUUGUUGGCAGGAAGGGAUGGAUGGAGGAGGGUAAUGGUAAAGGAGAGAAGGAAUUUUGGGGUGCAACUGAUUGAUGAAAGUUAAAGGGAACAAAUAUAAUAAAAAUAAGGAGAAUCUUGGUGAAAAAAAAGGAAAUCAUUUAAGGUGAAAGCAUAAGGGAGCAGAGGAGGGGAAGUGAAAGAUCCUGAUGAUAGAGAAAGCUUUAAGUAGUCAAAUAAAUGAAAGUCUUCUUUGUGUGAAGGAUAAGAAUAUAAAAGUGGUGAAGGCAGGGAAAGCAAAGGAGGAGGAGGAGGAGGAAAAGGAAAGAAAAGGUGGUUGUAUUCAGUGAGAGAAAGAAGUCAUUGAGGAAAAGAAAAAAAUGUAAAGGGAAUCCUUGCCUCAUGAUGAAAAGGAAGAAAAUAAUAAUGCAAGAAAGCAAAUUGGCUGUGGGAUAAAAAUCUGACUAAAAUUUGUGGUGGUGAAUGGAAAAAAAGGGUAAAUGGAAGUGAGGAAGAAAUUGUGGGUGACGGAAGAAAACUGGCCAUGGUGAGCUUUGUGUGGUUGUAGUGUAGCAACCAAACACAAGAACUGAUGCUUGCCAUGUCUGGUGAUUAAUUUGAUGGAUGCUUGUGUGUGUGUGUGUGUGUGUGUGUGUGUGUGUGUGUGUGUGUGUGUUUUAAUGUUACGGCUGACAGGAGCUGUGAAUGAUUGUUUCCUUAUAAGCAAAAAUGGGAGGUCAAGAAAAAAAUCAAGUAAAAUUGAAACGGAACAAGAUUAAGGUUAACAAUAUAAAUAGUGAAGCAAUAUCAUCCUUGCUAUCAAGUGAAGCAAAUUUGAGUAUGAGAAGCAAAUUGAGUCAGAUUGAAAUACCUAAAGAAGUGAAAUUUUUACUUCAUUACAGCAGCCAGAAAAAAAAAUUAAGCAUAUCAUGAAAGUUAAGAGAUUUGCUCAGAUAAAACACCAGACAAAAGGCAAUAAUGAUAGUAAUAAUAAUAUAUAGUCAUGUUGAAGAGGAGGAGGAGGAGGUACCAGAAGUUUGUUUAAUACCAGAAUGGAAAAAAAAUCAGCUCCACUUUUUUUACAUGUCAAAGUUCUGGUGUUGAGACAUUGGUACCAUUUUACAAACUAUUUAUUUACUUUUUCACAUGCAUCUUACUUAAGGGAUGUGAAAGUGCAUUUGGUUUUUAUGUAUAUUUGUAUGUUUUUUAUUCAUCAUUGCAAUCCCUUAUGGGUGUUGUUUAAUGUUGUGUGAUAUAUUUAAAGCUGUUUAGUUAGUUGCAUACCAUUUUUAUAUUAUUUGUUGUAUGUAGUUCAAGGUGUAUGAUUUAUUAUGUUGAUUGAUCAUGAUUGAAGGCCAGAGAAAAUAUGUGUGGUUUGAAGGAAUAGGUUUAGAAAUGGAUAGGUUGGAAAAUGUGAUAUUGAAUGGGCAGCAAGGGGAGGAAAUGUUAGUGUAGAGGACAUGGUGAUUUAAGUGGAGGCAUUAAGAGGGGGAAAUGUAAAUGUAAAGGGCCCAGUGAUUGAAGGUCAGGCAGCAAGAGAGGGGGAGAAAAUGUGAAAAUAAAGGACAUGGUAAUUGGGGGGCAGGCAUAAAGAGAAGGAAAUGUAAGUGUAGAAGGUAAAGUGACUGAAGGCCAGGCAGCAUGGGAGGGGGAAAUGGGAGUAUAAUAAUUGAAGACCUAGCGCUAAGUCAGGAGGCGCAGAAGAAAAUUAAAGUCGCCUUGAUGAAAGUAUUAUCAAGGAAGGGAUUUUGAUUUAAGGUGUGAAGGAAAGGUAUCGUGUGAGGGCAUUAUGAUGGGGCUGUAGAGGAAAAUAAUGAAAGACUUGCAGCUGAAGAUAACUUUGAGAAUAUACGAUAAGGGCUAGCAAAAAAGUAUUUGCAUAGGGUAUAUUAGAGUUAGUAUGUUAUUGAAGAAUUACAUGCCAAGUGACUUGCUUACUAAACAUAUGGUUGGGUAAAAGAGGAAGGAGAGGAAAAUAGAGGUUGUGAGUGAGUGUAGGAGGGAGGUAGGAAUAGUCAUGAAUAUUGUAAUAUCGAGGUGAGGGAAGAAAAGAGUGGAUUGCAUCCAUAGCCAGGUAUUGAGAAAGGAGGAAGGAAGGGGAAAUGUGAACAGAACAAGAAUGUAGUAUUUUCAUUGGUAUGUGAACAUUAUUAAACAUUACUUGCUGGCCUGUGGUAGGUCUUGGGGCCAUAUAAAGUUGUUCACUUGAUUGGUAUUAAUUUAUAAUGUAUUUGGUAAUCAA